UGUGAUGCAUCAGACUCCUAAGAGCACACCAACAGUGUCUUCUGAUGAACAGUCAUCGAUUGACAAUGUUUCAAACCCCAAAGACACUAUUUCUACCCACAAGAAUUACUGUUAUGUGUGCAAGAAACCUCAGUCUAAAAUUGCCCGUCACUUUCAAAAGCAUCAAGACACUGAAACAGAAAUCGCUGCUGCAUUGUCGCUCCCUAAACACUCCAAGGACAGAAAACGGUUACUUGAGAAGCUUCGAAACAGAGGCAACUACGAACAUAAUCGAGAGGUUAUGGAGAAUAAGAGUGGACCACUGAAAGUCAAAAGGCGGCCAGCGAGAUCAGAGAUUGAACUGAGUUCCAAAAAAUAUGUUCACUGUGUAUACUGCAAAGGCUUGUUUGUACGAAAAGAGCUCUGGCGACAUACACGGAGAUGCCCUUCGAAGAAGGUUUCUGAGUCUGAAGCAACUGGUAGAGCCAAAGUCUUAGUUUUGGCUGAUAUUGCAGAGUCAUCUUUCUCCCAGGCAAUAUCUCCUGAAUUGUGGAAGCUUUUAGGAAAUAUGAAGAAUGAUGACAUUUCAUCUAUAGUUCGAAAUGAUUUUCUCAUACUGCAACUGAGUCAGUCUCUUUACAACAAACAUGGUAGCGAUCCAACAAAAUCUGAAUACAUUCGGCAGAAAGUGCGGGAAAUGGGCAGACUGUUGCUGAGCUUGAGAAGAAAGCACUCUAUAUUUAGCUUUGAAGAUGCUGUGAAACCGAGCAAUUUCUACAAAGUCAUUGAUGCUGUGAAAGAUGUCGCUGGUUAUGAUGAAAAGAGUCACUCGUAUAAGACGCCAAGUCUUGCGCUAAAGUUAGGACAUUCACUUAACAAGAUCGGUGACAUUAUUCUCUGCAGGGCCAUCGCAGCAGAGGAUGAUGCUUUGACAAAAGCAGCAGAGCGAUUCAAAAGACUGUGCUCAAGUGAAUGGGCAGAACAUGUCUCACAUGCCGCUCUUGCUACUUUGAGCAAAUCAAAGUUCAAUAAACCAUCUACUCUUCCAUUUACACAAGACGUGCAGCUUCUUAAUGAGUACCUAGAGAAGAAAUGUGCAGAUGCUUUUGAAAGCCUGAAAAAUAAUGAAUCUCCACAAACAUAUGCAGAACUCGCCAAAGUGACACUUGCACAAGUGAUCAUCUUUAACAGACGUCGAGCAGGAGAGGUCUCAAAAAUGACUGUUGAGUGUUUUAUGAAAAGAGACCAAACUGAGCUCCAUGAGGAUAUAGCUCUCAGCCUCUCUCCAUUUGAGCAAAAAAUGUCAAAGCAUUUCAGCAGAGUAGAAAUAAUGGGCAAGAGAGGGAGGAAAGUUGCUGUUUUGUUAAACCCCGAAGUUGUCAAAGCAAUACAGCUUAUUGUGGACAAGAGAGACUCAUGUGAUGUGGACAGGGACAACCCUUUUCUAUUUGGAAGACCGAAGUGUUCAGCGACCAGCUUCUUCAGGGGACAGGACUGCAUCAGACUUUUUGCAAAUCAUUGUGGUGCACAGAACCCGGAAUAUCUUAGAUCUACACAGCUUCGUAAGCAGGUAGCCACAAUGUCACAGGUUCUGAAUCUGAAGGAUAAUGAGCUGGAUCAAUUAGCCAAUUUUUUGGGGCAUGACAUUCGGGUCCAUAGAGACUACUAUCGGUUACCAGAUGCAACUAUAGAAAUUGCUAAAAUCUCAAAGCUCCUGCUGGCAAUGGAAAAAGGAACUCUCGCGAGCUUCAAAGGAAAAUCUCUAGAUGAAAUAGAGAUUGAAGAUGAAAUUGAUCUGGAAUUGGAUGAUGAAGAAUUAAGUGAUGAGGAUGAUGAAUUGUCGAAUUCUGUCCAUGGACCAAGGGGAAACAAAAGAAGCAUGGAAUUGACCCAGGAUGAGGCAGAAAGUUCCAAUGUAAACAAAAAAAGGAUGAAGUUGACCCAGGAUGAGGCAGGAAGUUCCAAUGGAAACAAAAGAAGGAUGAAGUUGACCCAGGUUGAGGCUGGACGUUCCAAUGGAAAAGGAAAAAUGCCCCCAGAUGAGGCUGUGAGCUCCACAGAGCCCAAAUCAAGGAGAGUUGUUAAAAGGCCAUGGAGCCAAAUGGAAGUGAAUGCCGUAAUGAAACAUUUCAAAGCACAUAUUUUAAAGGGACACCUCGCCACAAAAACAGAAUGUGAGCAGUGCAAGAAUGCAGAAGACCCUGUCCUAGGAGAAAGAACUGUGCAAAACAUAAGGGAUUUCGUGAGGAAUCGAGGUUUGAUGUUUAAAAAGAAAUGUGCUUAGAAAGAUCAGUGCCAUUCCAUUAAGGUCUGUGGCUUUUGUUCAAGAUUUGAGUUGAUGACCCUGUUUUUGUUCAAAACAUAUGGUUAUAUGUUAAGACAUUUAUGGACAUCUACACAUUGUUUUGUGUUAGUGUGUAUGUUAGUGAUGUCCUGAUAAAUCCAGAUUGUCCUCACUAUUCAGGUUUGAUUGGGUGUGUAUGUGAAUGAUGUCCUGAUGAAUCCAUAUUGUCUUCACUUUUCAGGUUUGAUAAGGUGUGUGUGUGUAUGUGAAUGAUGUCCUGAUAAAUCCAGAUUGUCCUCACUAUUCAGGUUUGAUUAGGUGUGUGUGUAUGUCCUGAUGAAUCCAGAUUGUCCUCACUAUUCAGAUUUGAUAAGUUGUGUGUGUAUGUGAAUGAUGUCCUGAUAAAUCCAGAUUGUCCUCACUAUUCAGGUUUGAUUAGGUGUGUGUGUAUGUGAAUGAUGUCCUGAUGUAUCCAGAUUGUCCUCACUAUUCAGGUUUGAUUAGGUGUGUGUGUAUGUGAAUGAUGUCUUGAUAGAUCCAGAUUGUCCUCAUUAUUCAGGUAUGAUUAGGUGUGUGUGUAUGUGAAUGAUGUCUUGAUAGAUCCAGAUUGUCCUCAUUAUUCAGGUUUGAUUAGGUGUGUGUGUAUGUGAAUGAUGUCCUGAUAGAUCCAGAUUGUCCUCAUUAUUCAGGUUUGAUUAGGUGUGUGUGUAUGUGAAUGAUGUCCUGAUAGAUCCAGAUUGUCCUCACUAUUCAGGUUUGAUUAGUUGUGUGUGUAUGUGCUUGAUGUCCUGAUAAAUCCAGAUUGUCCUCACUAUUCAGGUUUGAUUAGGUGUGUGUGUAUGUGAAUGAUGUCCUGAUAGAUCCAGAUUGUCCUCACUAUUCAGGUUUGAUUAGUUGUGUGUGUAUGUGAAUGAUGUCCUGAUAGAUCCAGAUUGUCCUCAUUAUUCAGGUUUGAUUAGGUGUGUGUGUAUGUGAAUGAUGUCCUGAUAGAUCCAGAUUGUCCUCACAAUUCAGGUUUGAUUAGCUGUAUGUGUGUGUAUGUGAAUGAUGUCCUGAUAGAUCCAGAUUGUCCUCACUAUUCAGGUUUGAUUAGUUGUGUGUGUAUGUGCUUGAUGUCCUGAUGAAUCAAGAUUGUCCUCAUUAUUCAGGAUGAUUAGGUGUAUGUGUGUGCAUGUUAGAGAUGUCCUGUCCAUUAUGUCCUGUUAUGUUAAUUAUGUUCUUAUAUGGAUUUUGUGAGGAAGCAAAGUUUUCUGUUAAAAUUAAAUAAAUGGUCUCUUCUUAA